AUGGCCAUGAUAACAACCUCGCCCAUUCAAACCCAAUUUUGGGAUCUACUAUUUACAUCCGGCGGCUUGUUGGCAUUGAUUGGGACUUGCAUCAGCAUCGCUAUAUUUACUUAUCUGAUCUCGACGAUCCAGGGCGCCGUCAUAGUCCGCAACAAACGUCAUGGAAGCCGCCCGCCAACACUCCCGCACGCUAUCCCACUUCUUGGUCAUCUUCCUGAGUUCUUAAAGGACCCAAGAAAAUUCCUGGCAAAAGCAACAGCUCAAUAUGGUCCGUCUACUCCUGUCUGCAUACAGCUCCUCCACCGGCGUAUGAGCCUUCUCGGAGGCGCUGAUAACAUAAUUGCCCUUUUCAAGAGUUCCAGGGAUCUAAGCAGCGAGCAUUGGCUCGUGCAGGUGUUGGUUAAUGCAUUUGGUGUGAACGUUGCCGAUGCACCUUUUUAUCUGGCCGACGACACGGGAAUCAACAACCAUCCUGACCCCAGAAGUAAAAUGACCAACCCAGAGCAUCGCAUCUUCCAUCUCGUCUAUAAAUCCGUUCACAGUGGCUUGAGUGGAAUUAGCCUCGCGGAAAUGGAGAGACAAGUUGUGAAAAAUCUGUCUACGCAGAUCUAUGAAACGGAUUUCAAGUCUGAUGCUUGGACUGAAAUCCCGGAUCUAUACAGCUCCUUCAUCCGCAAGACCUCCUUCAGAGCAUCCAUCGUAUCCCUUUGCGGAUCGCAUGUCUUCGAAGUGAUCCCAACCUUCGAUAGCGAUUUCUGGGUAUUCGAUAGCCUGAUGCCAAGCUUGUUCAAGGAGAUUCCGCGAUGGCUAGUACCAGCGGCGUACGUAGCCCGGGAUAAAAUGAAAGACAAUUUACAAAAGUGGCAAGCAUUUGCCCAUAAUCAUUAUGAUGUCCGCCAGGGCCAACUAGACAAGAGAGAAUGGGAGGAGUUCUUUGGAUCCAGGCUGAUGAGGACAAGACAUGAAUUCUUUGAGAAGAUGCCGUUGAGCAAGGAGACUAUAGCUGCCGAUGAUCUUGGAUUGAUUUGGGCGGCGACCGCAAAUACUGUCCCUGCGAUUGGCUGGAUGUUAUUGGAGGUUCUUCAGCGUCCGGAUCUCCUACUGAGAGUCCGGGAAGAGGUUGCUCCCUAUGUCUCUCGAGACCCGUCAGACUCGAGCCAGAUGGUCGUCGACAUUCACAGCCUCUGCAGACAGCCCCUCGUCCAGUCAAUCUACGCCGAGGUCCUACGCUUACGCUCCGGUACCGUCAUUGGCCGAAUACCCUCAUCUCCCGAUUUGCACGUUGGGGGGUGGCAUUUCAAGAAGGGUGAGCAGAUCAUCGUAUCAAACUACAACACCGGACGCAACCAGUCCGUCUGGAACCAAGGCACUUUCGAAGACCCACAUCCUGUUGAUGAAUUCUGGCCGGAUCGUUUCAUUGUUUACCCGGAUGAUCCUAAUAGUGGUCCUACCCUACAAUCCGUCCUACAACAAGAAGUAAAGAAAGGGCAAGACUCCACAAUCCCGAAACCAACGUUCUCCCUCAACGGGACGGCUGGGUCUUGGAUCCCCUACGGUGGAGGCACGCGAAUGUGCCCUGGGCGGCAUUUCGCAAAGGAGGAGAUGAUCGUGAUGAUGGCAAUGUUUCUGACGGCGUUCGAUAUUGAGCUGCUGACAGAUAAACAAUCUUGGAUCCAGCCGGAUUUGAACUAUUUUAUGUUCGGUGUUAUGCAUCCGAAGGGAAAGAUACCCGCUAGGAUUCGGAAGAGGGAGUUCUGA